CUCUGCUCUGCCCCGCCAAAUACUUGACCGCCAUCGUUGGGAAGAGGCCGAGGAUUAUCUUCCUCGACUUCUCUGCCGUCUCCCUUUGUGGCCUGGAGCUCUAAAAUUUGUAAAUUUGAUUUGGGAAAGGAAUUACCGAACGCAACAAUGGCGGCAUCCGACAACAAAGUCUACCGGGCAAGCACCACCGCUCCCGUGAACAUCGCCGUGGUAAAAUACUGGGGUAAGCGCGACCCCAAGCUCAACCUCCCGACCAACAGCUCCCUCAGCGUGACGCUCUCCCAAUCCGACCUCCGCACCCUGACGACAGCCUCAUGCUCCGCGGCCUUCCCCUCGUCGGAGGGCGACUCCCUCGUCAUCAACGGCGAGCCCUCGGACGUGUCCGGCGCACGCACGCAGGCCUGCUUCCGGGCACUUCGGUCUCGACGGGCGGCCCUCGAGGCCGCUGACCCGAACCUCCCCAAGCUCUCGCAGCUGUCCCUACGGCUGGUGUCGGAGAACAACUUCCCCACGGCGGCGGGGCUGGCGUCGUCGGCGGCCGGGUUCGCGGCUCUCGUGCGCGCCGUUGCCGACCUAUACGGCCUCCCCGACGAGCCCCGCGAGCUGAGCCGCAUCGCCCGGCAGGGCUCCGGGUCGGCGUGCCGCAGCCUGUUCGGCGGCUACGUGGCGUGGCGGGCGGGCUCCGCGGCCGACGGGUCCGACUCGCUGGCCGAGCAGGUGGCGCCGGCGGCGCACUGGCCCGAGAUGCGGGCGCUGGUGCUCGUCGUGUCGGCGGCCAGGAAGGGCGUCAGCUCGUCCAGCGGCAUGCAGCAGACGGUCGGCACGUCGGGCCUGUUCGCCGAGAGGGUCGCCGCCGUCGUGCCGCGCCACAUGGACGCCAUGGAGGCGGCGAUCCGGGACCGCGACUUUGCCGCCUUCGCCGAGGUCACCAUGCGCGAUUCGAACUCGUUCCACGCCACCUGCGCCGACACGUACCCGCCCAUCUUCUACAUGAAUGAUGUGUCGCGGGCGGCAAUCAGGGCCGUGGAGGCCAUCAAUGCAAACGCUGGGAGGACGGUGGCGGCGUAUACCUUCGAUGCAGGGCCGAAUGCUGUUGUGUACUACCUGGAGCAGGACACCGAGGCGGUAAUAGGGACAUUCUAUCACGUAUUGGGGGAUAUGGAUGGCUGGAAGGCCCCCGUUAUCCAGGGCCUGAAGCCGAGCAUGACCUUGGACGCGGGUGUCUCUGACCUGCUCAAGAAUGGGGUGGGAAGGGUCAUCAUGACUGGUGUGGGAGAGGGUCCAAUGAAGACGGACGAAUUCCUGGUUGCUGAGGAUGGGACUCCUGUCAAGCGAUGAGGCUGUUGAGAAGUAGCACAUAUAUGCUUAAUGCUAUAUGCUAUAUAUGCCUAUAUAUGGUAUAUGAAGAUAAAAAAUGAUUGGUAUGCCAAUGACCUUUGUAUCCAUACAAUGUGUCCAUACAAUGUCUCCCUGCCCGCC